GGCGGGUCUUCAAAGACUACCGUAGUGGAUGUGGAAAAUGGAUCAUUUCAAGCUCAUCUUCUCCAUUCAUAUCGCGACGAAGGGACCCGCGUUCGUUUGUUGAAUUCGUUGUCAAAUGUUGGGACGUGGCGUAAAAAGGAAAAUGACGCACUAGAGUUCGGUUGGCUACCCGGAGGGGCCUGCCGACAGCAGUUGCGCCAGGCACCAUGAGGCAGCAAGCUUGGCCGGAGAGAGUGAAGAAAUCACCCUUCAUUCCCGUCGAGCAGGCUGCGCCGGGGAAGAAACGCACGCGGCAUCGGCAGAAGCGGCGCAUUCCUCAAUCGAGACGGCUGAGCACUGGCAUCUGAGUGCUGACGACAAAAUGGGGAGGGGGGGAAAGACAUUCCGAGGCUGACCGAGCGGAGACAAUAAUUUGGUUCUGUGUCCUCCUAAAUGGCAAAGUGGACUAGGCCACACUUGGAGGAGACGGUCAUGUCCUUGUCGACACAUUGCCCUCCUUUAGAAGCUCCUUGUUAGAAGUCACUAAGCCGGCUCGCGCCCCUGUGAGGCUUCAAAGCUGAGGGGCAAAGGGGAGAAAAAAAAAAAAAAAAGGACAAGUGAGCGAGAGACCAGAGGAGGAAAAAAAAAAGACUGCGGCAGGCCCCCAUGCAGGCGCGGAAGAAAUAUGUUCUGCUGGGCUUGUGUACAUUCUGCUGGCUGGUUCUCUUUUACUUCGGUAGGGGAGUCCAGCUACCUGUACGUCUGCUCCGGAUGCUGACAGGCCAGCAGGGUGAGGUCGUGCGACCCUGGCCCAACUGGACCGACCGGGCCUUCCUGCCCUGCUAUGCUCACCUGAACGAGCUCCAGACAGACCCUGGGACGUCCGAGUCGCCCCGGCAGCGGCGACAGGCGUGGUCUGUUAUCUACAAGGACAGCCGCUGCCGCAUGGAGACCUGCUUUGACUUUUCCCGCUGUCGGCGUCGAGGAAGAGAAGGGUUCCGGGUGUACGUUUAUCCAUCGGAGAAAAACGAGCGCGUCUCCGAAAGCUACAAAAAAAUCCUGACGUCGAUCGCCGAGUCACGAUACUACACGUCCGAUCCGCGUGAGGCGUGUUUGUUUGUGCUCGGGAUCGACACCCUGGACAGGGACCAGCUGUCAGGACAGUUUGUGCCCAACGUGGACGAACGCAUUCGGGGUUACCCUCUUUGGAACGAUGGGCGCAAUCACCUGAUCUUUAAUCUUUACUCGGGGACUUGGCCCAACUACACAGAGGAUCUGGGUUUCAACAUCGGCCAGGCCAUCUUAGCCAGAGCCAGCCUCAACACGGAACAUUUCAGGCCCGGUUUUGACAUCUCCAUCCCGCUCUUUUCAAAGGACCACCCGCAGAAGGGUGGAGAACGAGGCUGGUUGGUCCGGAACACCACCCCGCCGCGGAGGAAGUACUUGCUGAUGUUCAAAGGGAAGCGCUACCUGACGGGCAUCGGCUCGGAUACCCGAAACGCUCUCCAUCACAUCCACAACGGGAAGGACAUUGUGUCGCUCACGACAUGCCGCCACGGGAAGGACUGGGAAAAGCAUAAAGACGCCCGUUGUGAUCACGACAACCUGGAAUAUGAAAGGUUUGACUACCAGGAGCUACUCCACAACUCCACCUUUUGUCUGGUGCCUCGAGGACGACGCUUGGGCUCCUUCCGCUUCCUCGAGUCCUUGCAGGCGGCAUGCAUACCUGUGUUGCUGAGCAACGGCUGGGAGCUGCCAUUUUCCGACGUCAUACAAUGGAACCAGGCCGUCAUUGAAGGAGAUGAGCGGCUACUGUUACAGGUGCCGUCGACAGUGAGAGCUGUGGCAAGUGAGCGGGUUUUGGCUCUCAGACAGAGAACGCAGAUCCUGUGGGAAGCCUACUUCUCUUCCGUGGACAAGAUCGUCGUCACCACACUGGAGAUCAUUAAGGAUCGUGUAUUUUCUCACACAUCAAGGAACAAAUACAUGUGGAACGCCCUCCCAGGAGGUCUACUUGUCCUGCCAGAAUAUUCCACUCAUCUUGCGCAUUUCCCUUUCUACUACCUGGGAUUAGGCAUCAGUCCAAAUCAGGAGUUCACUGCCAUCAUCCACGCUGUCUCUCCGUUGGUGUCUCAGUCUCAGCCAAUCAUGAAGUUGCUUCAGGUGGUCUCCAAGUCAAAAUAUUGCUCGCAAAUCAUCAUCCUCUGGAACAGCGAGAAAGCGCCACCCAGUCGCAGCAAAUGGCCUCCCAUGCCCGUCCCCCUCACCGUAACAGACGGCAAGAGGAAGACCACCAGUCGGUUCCUGCCACAUGUUGCCAUAGAAACCGAUGCGGUGCUGAGUCUGGAUGAGGACACGGUCCUGUUGACGAGCGAGGUGUGUAUCCAACAGGCCUGCAGGUUAGUUCAUGUGGUCCUUGGGGGCUGCCUGGUGCCCCCUAGUGUAUGCCAUCUGCACAGAUACUACCACUACCUGUUCUCGCACUACCUGCCGCAGUCUUUGAGAACCAUUGUGGAUCAUACGUCCAAUUGCGAGGACAUCCUGAUGAAUUUCCUGGUUUCCGCUGUCACCCGCCUGCCGCCCAUCAAAGUGGCUCAAAGGAAACAAUACAAGGAGUUGCCGAGCCCGCAGGCCACAAAAAAUGUCCCCUGGGCCAACCCGGAGCAUUUCAACCAGCGCCAGGAGUGUAUCAACACCUUUGCCAACUGGUUUGGCUACAUGCCUCUGGUCCACUCCCAAUUCCGCCUUGACCCCGUGCUCUUCAAAGAUCAGGUGUCAGUCCUCCGUAAGAAAUAUAAAGACCUCGAGAAGGCAUGAUGUGACCGGCCACAGAGCCGGUCCGUUGCGGUGGGCUUUUGGAGGACACCGACCAAGGUCUGUCCAGCUGAGAGGGAUCAGAGGGACUCAUGUAAGCUGUCAUAUGGACAAUCAGACAGACCCCGGUGGGCUGUGGAUCAAUACAAAGUCCUGUUAAGUGCAACGCGAACUCUAACCCCUUCCAGCUCUAAAAAAAAAAAAAUAGCCACCCUGUCGAUGAGCUGUCAGUCUUCAUCGAAGCACUUUGAAGAGGCCCUCGGAUGCAAGUGGUGUCGCUGUGCAUGAAUGGGAAGGAAGGUGCGUGCCAUGUUCUCGGGCUAUUCUCGUCUCAGCAUUGCUGAGCGGGAGCCGAGGAAAAACGGACAAUGUGACUGGCAAAAUGUAAACUAAGGCAUAAAAUGAUUUGCACUUUG